AUUAACGAAUGUAUUUGCCUAAAGGGCAUUAAGUUUACAAAACACAAUAAAGUAAGUCAUUAUGGCGGGCGACAAGAUGCUACAGCGGUGAGAACUUGCCGGAUAUUAAGUAUUUUUGUGGAAGUAAAAUUUGUUCAGUUUCAUAUUUGUUUCGUGUAUGGGAUAACCGAAAUUUUGAAUACCAUGGUGAAAGAGAAGCCUAAUUCAACCCGAAUAUAUGAUGAAGAAGGCUAUCGUAGACGGGCAGCUUGUAUCUGCGUAAAAAGUGAACUGGAGAAAGAGGUGCUGCUGGUGACGUCAUCGCGACGGCCGGACCACUGGAUCGUGCCCGGGGGUGGCGUCGAGCCUGAUGAGGAGCCCAGCGUCACGGCUAUCCGAGAAGUUAUCGAGGAGGCCGGCGUAUGCGGGAAGCUGGGCCGCUGCCUCGGAGUUUUCGAGAACAGUGAGCGGAAACACCGGACGGAAGUGUUUGUACUCGUUGUGACAGAGGAGCUACCUGAAUGGGAGGAUGCCAAGAGCAUGGGUCGUAAACGCAAGUGGUUCACUGUGGAGGAUGCUCUCGAGCAGCUAUCACUCCACAAGCCAGUCCAGUUGGCAUAUCUGCAGUCACUUCUUACCUGUCGGAACGACAAGGUCACCUGAAUAGUUCCAGAUGUCCCGAAUGUGUGUUUGCUUGCAUGCGUGUAGCUGUGCCUCAGUCACCAGUAUGAAUGGUCAUUCAUGAAUGGCCCAUCUCAAAAAGAUCUGUUAUGUUAGUCACGAUUUUUGUAGGACAACCCUGUUCAUUUUAUUCAUGUAAUAUUUUAUCAUUGGCUAUUUUAAAUAUAUACAUCUUUCAUCCACAUUAA